AUGGGCGGCAACGAGCUGCGGGCGGUGGACGAGAACUUGUCGCAGCUCGAGGCGCUGGAGGAGCUCGACCUGUCAGGCAACAAGCUGGAAGAGUUGCCUUCGCAGGUGGCCACUUUGCGCAGCUUGCGGUCCCUUGUGCUGGAUGGCAAUCCCUGCAGCGCUCAGCUGCCUUCUGGGCAUUUGAGGCAGCUGGCGCGGCCGGGCCGCGUCCCGGGGCAGACGCCAGCGCAGGUGAUCUCUGGCCUCCUCGCCCCGGGCCCAGCGGCCCCCGCGGCCCCCGUGGCCCCGGCGCCGCCGCCGCCGCCGGCGCUGGCAGCACAGCCGUCGGCCCCAGCGCCGCCAGCCUUCGGUGGCGAGGAACGACCUGCGACGGACGCGCGGGUGCGGUCCCUGCUGCAGGAGGUCGAGCGGCUGCAAGGCCGCGUCACCGAGCUGGAGUCGAGUCCAGGCCUGCCUGAAGCUCCAUCCGCCGGGGAGAGGAAGCCCUCGUGGCUGUCAGACCGCGGCAGCCUGGCUGCGACUUUGCCCUCACGACGGGGCUUAAACCUUGGAGGAGACGAGGACGAGGCCACUGAUCUCAAGAACCAGCUCAAGGAAGAGCAGAGGAAGAGCAAGCGCCUAGAGACCCAAGUGCAGCGCCUCACGGACCGCCUCAGCGAGCAGUCCUUGGGCGCGGGGAAGGGCGGCGGGCUGCCGCACUUCGAAAUGGUGGAGGUGCAGCUGGGCGAGAUCCUGAACCAGGGUGGUUUCAGCGUGGUGCACAAGGGCAGCUGGCACGGCACCAAGGUGGCGGUGAAGCAGCUCUUCGACCCCAACAUCUCGGCGGAGCUGCUGGCGGAGUUCGACAACGAGGUGCAGAAGCUGGAGCUGCUGAGGCAUCCCAAUAUCCUGAUGCCCUUAGCGGUGCAUCGCAAGCCUCCGGCACUGUCACUGAUCAUGGAGCUGGUGGAAGGUGGCUCCUACUACCAGCUGUUGCAUGCGCCGCACCAGUUUCACUCUGCGCUUGGCCCGAUCUCUCUCGGGCUUCAGGAGAACUUGAGCAUUCUGGACCCAAGCGCCACUGCGCUGGCCUUCCUUCACGCGCGGGGCAUCGCGCACCGGGACAUCAAGUCCCACAACGUGCUGCUGACGCCCUACCUGGAGGUCAAGCUUUGCGACUUCGGGCUCUCGCGUUUGCGCUCGGAGCUCAUGACGGGCACCAUGCAGUUCGCAGGCACGCCCAACUACAUGGCGCCGGAGGUGUUUCGGAAUGCCAAGUACACCGAGUCUGUGGACGUCUUUGCCUUCGGCACGCUUCUGUGGGAGGCCAUGGCGAGCGACAUUCCUUUCGCUAACUUGGAUCCAGCAGACAUCCGCGAACGCGUAGUGGAAGGCCGGAUGCUGGAGAUGCCCACGUGCCCGCGAGAGAUGCAGCAGCUGAUCCGCAGUUGUUGGGCGCUGGAGUACAAGGUUCGACCGAUGAUGGCAGACGUGCUCCAGCAAUUGCGGGGUAUGAGGGAAAGCACUCGGCGACCUAAAACUGCCGGGGCUCGGGGCAGGUGA